GAAUAGUGAAAGUUUUUCGCGGCUAGUAUGUCUCUUAUCUCUACUCCAAUGAUCCUCCGGUGCCUACACAAACAGUGUAGCUCCUACUAAUGGGUAUGCUUCGAAUAGGUAUUUUAACCGUCCUAUUAAUCACUGAUGCGGUAAACACAUUACGUCUUAAAGGGAAAUGGAAUCCAUCCAACAGAUAUUUGUUUUUGACGAAGUUUGGCUUUCAACGGACUCAAAUAGAUGAACUUGAAGCUACACGGGGUUAUAUUUAUGGGACAGUGAACCUCGAAAACGUGUCAAAUACACAUAAUUUGACAGACAUUGCUACAUUGGUUUUGGUUGACGGUGAGUUUAUUAUGGAUCUUUAUGGGAAUGCCACAGAAUCAAUAUGGACACAAAAUGUAACUGGUAUGACAUAUCAGGAAAGUCAAUGGCUCAUGGAAACUGAACGUUGUAACAAAAUGUUUGAUAAAAUCAACUCUCUUGCUUGGCACAAGACGUGUUCCCCCACAGGAGAAAUGGAUUUACUUCGAUCCGUACCCUGUUCUUCAUCUGGGCUUUGCGCGGAGGAGGAUGAUCCUGAAAGUGUAGUACCGAAUUCACAAUUUACUUUUGUUGUGCAAGACCUUCGGCAACCACGUUAUUGGUAUUUGAGUUUGGUCGCGUGUAAACGUAAUUUAACUACAUGUAAAUGGGAGACUACUGCGAUUCCUCGCCAUUCAAAUUCAUCGUCAUCAACUUAUUCUUUAUUAACAUUGAUUUAUGAUAUAUGGCUUGUUAAUGGUGAACCAAAAUUACAGUCUUUCAAUCAAUUUGAACAUCAUUUCUCUUUUGAAACACAUGGAAUCGCGCAAAUGUUUUUUAUAUUUUUGUCACUCUAUAUUAUUUUGAAUAUAACAGCACAUAUCAAACUGACCAACAACUGUUCACUUCAUGUUUGCCUCUACCUUAUUCAUCUUUGGUUGGCUAGUCUGGGGACACUGUUGGCUGCUGUUCACUGGGGUGUUUUCUCAUUCGAUGGUCGAGGACUAGGUCUGAUUUCAGAGCUGGGAACAGUAAUUACACAAUGGGCAGACUCAGUGUUCCUAGCUGUUCUACUGUGUACAUGUCAAAUGGGUUUCAGUCCCCAAUGUCCGUCAAUCGCAUUCCAAUCUUGUGAUACUUCCAAAGCUCUUCGUCCACUAACCUCCAAAGUUUUUUCCACUUUACCUACCGGAUUCCUCCAUCUUGGUAAAUUUAGUCAUAAAUUGUACAGUUACGAUCCUAUCCAAGAAAAUAUUUAUGCUAGGCCAUCAACUAAUCAGGAAAAGUCCACGUCAUUUUGGCCAUAUGUAAUUUUAUUGGUUACUCUGUUGGUCGGAGUCAAAACUUUACUGUAUAUGUGGGCUAUGCGCCAGAAUUUGAUAUAAAGCGGUCGAUGUGGUCCUGAAGCAUAAGUAUCACUGACCAAUAGUCAUAUACGAGAGAUGCCUUCAAUACAUGUCGGAAAUAGAAUCUCAAUGAAUGUACAUUUAUUUUCUUGGAGAAAACUACGAUGGACGAAAUGUUUGGAUUUUGUUUGUGAAAGACUCAGACUAUAUUGAUUGCUAAUAACGAUUACUUGUAAUAUUUCUACAGUUGUAAUAUAAACUUGGUGUUUAUGAAGUUAUUCACUAGUUACAACCUAAGUGUUUGUUUUUAUGAUAACUAUCAAUCACCAAUUGGAAAGUGAACAGUUUCUAGUAAAUAUUUAUUGUAAAGCAAAAAUGUUAGAUGACUUUAAAGAUUCAAGUAAAUUGUCAAUGUUUUGUAACCUAUUACUCUGACCAGAUUUCUGACUCUUCUGUUUGUCCAAUAAUUUAGACAAGCUUCUCCCUUUUUAACCGACUUUAUAACUGAGAAAUCACUUUUGUGACUGCCAACUUCUCAUUGCUCGCGAGUUUUUGAAGUGGUAGAGUAGAAUUUCAGUUAAUUUUUUCUUUUUAUGCAUAUCAAUUUAAGCGGUAGCUUAUUUGUUGAAGUAUUUGAUUUUUAAUCAUUGGAACGGGGUAAAGAGAUUCGAACUUUAGCACGGGUGCUUUAGUUUGAGAAGUCCUUCAGUAUUUCUGUCUUUCACACAGAUUGUGACUUCAACCAAACACUCCCAUCUGUAGUGGGUUGCUUAGUCACAAGGAAAAAAACGCAUACAGAGUCUUCAUUUUGAUAAUUUUAAACCGAUUAUCAUUCUCUACUAUCAGUGCCAUAGUGUAAACAUAGGAUCAUAAGCAUUAACAUUGAAUGGUCAACAUUUUCCAAUAGGGUCAGUUCGGAAAAAAUAAAAGAAAUUUUAUUGUAACUAGUUGUUGUGAAAAUUUGGUAAUUUUAUGAUCAAAUUAUUUAAAGGUUUAGUUAUUAUUACUAUUAUUCUAGAGAAUAUUUUCAUCGUUAUUCUCAUUAACUAGAAUUAAUAAGAGUUCUUUUUAUUCAUUAUGCAAGAUCCUUUCUCUUAUUAAUAAAUAUUGUAGAUGACAACAACCAUUCAGGUAACUGCUAUGGCAUUUUAUUUAUUGGAAGGUAUUAUUGUGGGGAUAUUUUAUUUCAUGAGUUGAAUGGUUUAUUUGUAAAAUUAUCAGUUUCAACCUAAAGAACACUACUAAUUUUUUAAUAGAGAAAAAAACAAACUUAAAGAUUUCACCAGUGAUAGUCUAAAGUAUGAUUUAUUGUUUUACAGUGAUUUUAUCAACCUCAGUGUAACUUACAUAUUUUGUAAUCCGUAGUUGCGAAUACUUUUGGUAAAAUGGUUUAUACUCAACCGGAAUACUAUUAAUUCUUCAACUUUUUCUAAAUUUUGAGUUUUAAUGCUAAUCAAUGCUUUUCUUUUUCCGAUUCCAUUCAUUCUUCUCAAAUUAUACUUCCUAUAUUCCUAGUUUUACUAUGAUUAAAAUUGUUAUUUUGACUUGUUUGCCUUUCAUGUUGUCAAUUGCUUUUGUCAUUUAUACUGAUUUAAAGAAAACUUAUGUUGACGAACGUUCGCAGUUGGUCUCUUGUUGUUAUUACUUAAUUUAAUUGUGUUAACGUUGCUUAAAAACGGAGAUGAUUAAUUGUUUCAACUAUGUAUCCACUAAUGGUGCAUAGUUAGUUCUCUUCGUAAGUUCUUAUUAGAUUAAAUAACUAAAUAAAUUACAAAAGACAGUACGUUGCGGACAACUUAUAGAAUUAUCACCGAGCAAAUAUAUUCAACUCCAUUUUAAGUCACUCUUUAAUGAUAAAAUUAUUAUGCAACGUUUCUUGUGACUAGACUUAAUUCAAUUAAAAUUAAUUAAAUUACUUGUAAGACAUUCUCUGUAACGGUUCAUUUUUUCUUAUCUCUUUUAGUUUGAUAGAGACCCUGUAAUCGAUUUUUCUGUUUGGAAUACAGUGCCUGGUUGCUUAUUGUUAGCUUUAAGAAUUUGCCUAGUGUUCUGGAUAUUAGUAGUUGUAGGACGCAGGCAUUUUAUAGCACAAAUUUGCUCUGAGUCGUACAAUAUGGAUUUAUGUAUCUUGGGCCCAAAUAUUAAUACAAUGCAAUUUGCCGCUGGUUAUCUCCUGUGGAUUGUUAUCUUACCAUUAGUAGUGUUUAUCGGUGAGACUAGUGUAUCUCCCUUGUGGCGAACAAAAACUAUAUCAAUAAUAUGCUUCUCUACUGAUUAUGUCUCGGCUGUUGCGUACGCUUGCCUUUUAUGGCGUUCGAACUCACUUUUGGAUGAAAACGUGGUGGGUCAUCGUUGUUCACUGUAGCUUUAUUCUUCCCUUCCUUUCUGCUUUCCUACCCUCUUCUGUCUGUUUGAAUCUUGCAAAUCAUUUGAUGUUUAUUAUAUUCUACACUAUUAUCAUGAUUGUCUUUUUAUUUUGUCUAUUUGUCAAAUUUGUGCAUUAUCAACAGAUCUAUACAGAUGCUUCAGAAAUAUAAAUUUUCAAGCGUUUUUUUGUUUUGAUAGCAUGUGGAUUACAUUCAUUAGUUGCUAUUUUGAAAUUUCAGGAUGUAUGUUCAUUGUUUACUUCUUUCUUCAUUUCCAUGUUCACAUUAAUGGAUUGUCAAUCCUUUUUUCCUCAGUGUUUGUUAUUUAUAUUUUUGCUCACAAUUAAUUUUGUGACUAAUUAUUGCAUAACAGACAAAUGGAUUUUGGUCUCUUCACUUUAUGUAUUAUUUAACUAUGACAAUGGUGAUAUGACUUCACUUCAAAUAUAAUGUACAUUUUUUAAAAUUUCGGUAAACAGUUCACAAUACACGUGAUAUUAUUACUUUGUAAAUUUUCGGAUUACAGUUUAUUUAUUAAAUUGAAUUCAUUUGCAAUAGUGUAUUUAACUGAUUUAGAAGGGGUUUAUUUAGUACAAUUAUUAUCAUAUGUGUUUCAUAGGGAAAGGCGCAUUAUACAAAUGUAUUCUUUAUAGUAGACUUUUUUUAGGGAGUUGACCACCAUUUAACCAAUGAAAAUAUACUAACAUUUCGUAUAAUUUGUUUUCCGGUCAUAUAAAUGAAAACUGGUGUACGAGUAAUACGUUUUUAAAGCUAAUUUUAU